AUGUCGAAUAAAGAAAUUACAUUACCAAAAAACUUCGAUCAAGAUUCUAAAGACCAGGUCAAUAAUAAUUUACAACAAUUAAGUUUAAGUAAUGAUAAAUCACAACGUUUUGUUGAGAGUCUUUGCAAUAUUUAUGAUGAAGGGGUUAGAAAAGGAAGAAGCUCGAAUUCAAUUCUAAAUUCAAUUGACAAAUUCUUAAUAAAAAACGCUUACAAACAAGAGGAUGUAAUAAACUUGUGUUUACACAAUCAAACUAAUGCAAUUGUCCAAUAUAUUCUUGCAAGUUUCUAUCAUUUUGGGAAUAAAGAGGACCUUAGCGAUAGGCUCCAGGCAUUUUUCGGAAAGAAUAAAGGAAAGGCUACAGACAAGAGUGGAGUAGGGGAUGAAGAUUUGGAUGACAUUAUCAAAGUACCCAGAAUUGAUGCGGAUGAAAGGGAUUGGGAUGAUGGAGGGGAUGCUGACCUUGAGAAGGCAGAACAAAUAACAGUUGAUAUGUUCCUGUCAGCGAUGGGUAAAAUUGAAAUGAAGAUGGAAAGAAAUUUUUCUGCUCUUCAUAGAGAAAUAGAGGAGUGUGAUUUGUUAGAUGAAGCAUGGCCCAAGGUUAGCUUGUCGAAGCCAUGUGAUCAACAUGAGUAUGAUUUCUUGACGAAAAUUGGCAAGCGUUUGGACAAAGCAAUAAAAGUAGUACCAAUGGCUAAUAAAAAAGAUUUUGAUGGUAUUAGAAAUGAAAUCGAAGCCCGGGCAGCUACACUAAGGUUAGCUGAUAACAAGGGUUGGGGUACAGCAUUACAGAUAGUCGGGAGUAAUGACAAAAUGAUGGAAAAAUACAAAGAUCAUAUUCCAUUAUUUAGCCAAUCAGGUGUGGCCUCAUGCUAUUAUAGCCAGAAUAAGCCUAGUAAGUCAUAUAGGCAUAAGAGGAAAAGAUAUUCUUCACCUUCGUCUGAUUCAGAAAGAAAUGAAAGUCAUAAGGAGGAGCCUUCAGGUUCCCAGAUCGUAAAGGAGUCUUUAACUGCUUCAACUGUGGAGGCCUUGGUCACAUCACUUCCAGCUGCCCUUCCACAGGUUCUAGAGUUACCACCAAGCCAAAGAAUGGAGACUGACUACACUCGGACCCUAUUUGUAGAAGACUCUUUAAUACAUCGUGUCCUUCAAUACAUAAGAGAAGAAAGGGCUGUAGCAACUAUAAUCGUUCCAAAAUGA